CUUUAGCUAUUCCUUUUCCCUUAUUCCUCCUUUUCCUAGCCUGAUACCAUGUCCACCCCAUCGGUGACAUUCCCCACGGCCUCUGCUUCUGCUGGCCCUCAUCAACGACACGGUGAUGACAGCUCACCUUCGAGAUGGAGCGGGGGAAACACCAAAGCUUCAGAUGGAUACUCUGCUCUUUUCACCUCUGGGCUCUUUCACGAAUCCCCUACCAAACGCUCCCAAUCCCAAUCUCAAUGCAAACUCUCCCCGACCACCCCUUCCCGCCGUCAUCGUCGCUCUUCCAUCAUGCACACCACCCCUUCCACCUCUUCCCCUCGGACCAUCAAAUCCCAAGGUCUUGAUGGCGGUGUUGAGCGAGCAUUGGAUAGUGUCAUGCGGUCUUUGAAAACGAUGGCUAUGGGUGCUACCCCACGCAGAGUGGAUCCGCCGCCAAUGAAUCAGUCAAGAUGGUCUGCGUGGUCUUCAGAUUCCGAGGGAAGUAAGUCUAUAUCGAGAUUGGGUACGCCAGCACCGGGACAGCAGCAGGAUGGGUAUGGAUAUGGGGAUGGAGAUGACGGUUUUUUCAAACCUCGUAAAUUUAAUGAUACAACUCGAAGCAAGAAUACUAUUCGGUCCAUCAAACCCACCAAAUCGAGUAGAUCGAGGAACGGGAGAAAAGGUGAAGCGACAGUUGAUAGAAUGGAGCUCGAUGGGGAAGAUGUACCGGCGGUGCCUGCUAUGCCCAUUAUGGCUGUACCAGCUACUCCUGGAAGGAGUAGGAGGAUGAUAAAUGGGUUGGUCAGAAGGUUGGGUCUGACACCGAGGAAGAACAAACCUUCAUUACCGCCUUCGCAGUUACUUCCUGAUCUUCCUUCUUCCCCACCCACAGUCCCUGUCACUGCUGCAGAGGACCGUACUAUCCCCCGCAAAUCUUCUCUUUCCACCCUCCGUUCUGCCCUUACCAAAAAAGGUUCAUCAACUACUCUUCGUUCCGUCCGCUCAAUCCUUUCCACCAACAAUGCGUCUAUGACACUCAACCACUUUUCCACCGAUGAUCAUCCUCUUCCUCUACCUCUGCCCCGCACUCAUCGUGAAGUGUCCACAAGCUCACCACGUACUACCCCUGGAAAGAGACUACGUACCCCGAAAAGCUCGAUUGGGCAGCCAAAGCUACAACCUGGGACGAGCCCUAGUGCGUUUUUGCGAGACAUGCCACGUCGUGCGCCAGAGACGCCCAAGCGCGAGUCGUUUGCCCUGGAUCAUGAAGGAUGCGAAGCUACUCCAGAACUCUCGGCUGGUAACGCUAGGACUGGAGAGGACAUGUGGUUUGGGGAAGAGAAUGGAGAAGAUAUCGUCAUGGCUGAUGAAACGAUGGAUGUAAUGGAAGUUUUCACGCCUCCGCCGGCUCCUGUGCCUGGUACGACUGUACGAAUACCUGAAUCUCAUCCGUUUGUUUCUUCAGUUUCAAUCCCGUCUUCUCAAUCCUGCCUCAGUCCCGAACCUGAUUCUUCAAACUCACAAGGCUCAAUCAAGUCUAUAGAAUCGUUUUCCUUACCAUCCCCGCCUGUUUCGCUUUCGUCUCGUGUGACCAGCGCGUCUGCAUCUACUUUCAUCUCCAUCCCUACCUCUCUCUCUAUCCUCCCUGCCGGCUUUACCGACCACAGCCCAAUUCCCCUUCCCAACGUUCAGAAGGAAAUUGUUGCCCGGGAGAAGACGAUUCCUAUUCUCACAGUCAAAGCGCGCAGAGGCGCCAACGGCAAAGACAAGGAUCAAACUGUAGAUGGUUAUGGCAAGAAUCGAUUGUUGAACGGUCUCGUACCCUCUUCCGGCUUACCUCGUACUCUGGGGCACGGAAUCGGAGCACCCAGGAAAUUGCGGACUGCCAAGGCAUCUUUGGCACCUGGGAAUAUUAUGGGGACGGGGACGCCGUUGAGUAGCAAAGAUACCAACGCGCUAGGUUUACCAGUCCCACCUCGUCCACCUUUGGAUGGCAUUAUCGGUGUAAAAUCCAAGAUGAACAAGAUGAGUAAACUGAACAUGAUGAGCAAACUUUCGAAAGCCCCACGAGGAGAUGCAGGUCCAGCGGUGCAACUUCAAAUGCAGAAUCAGAGCCAGAGCCGUCCACCUCUGGGAAAGAUGAGUUUGGGUACUGUGACGAGUUAUUAUGAUGUCCAUACGGGUACGUUCGGACCAAGUGAUGGGGUGAGGCUGCAGAGCGUCUUGCGUACGCAGUAUGAUGAAGUCAAAGGGAGAGGAAGGCAAACGGAUAACUCUACUCCACCUCCCUUUUGUGGUGGAGGCAAUCAUACCUACAUGAUGUCAACCUCGGUGAAUCAGUCGAGCACCAAAUUUGAAGACCCUAUCGUACCGUCCACUCUCAACCUCAAACAUUCCCCGUCCCCUUCAAUGAUGAGCGGUUGCAGCUUAGGGUCAUCAGUCUCCAAGGGGUGCGAUUCGAUCGUGACGGGCGAGACGGGUUCAACGAGAGCCACCUCUGGUACGGACGAGGUGGAGGAAUGGGAGCUGGAGAAGUAUCUGAAUGCGCUGGAGAGUCAAAGUGUAGAUAUUGGAAGGAAGGGUGGGUAUAUCUAGGCUGUUUUUUAGGGUGGUGUAUCAAUUUAGACACGAUCAGCUUAUCAGCUUAUAUCAGAUAUUCGGAUAAGAAAUCUUCAUCUGUAACAUUUGAACUAUUCUGAGAGAUUGCUUUUUAUUCAAUGGAAAGAACAAUGGCAUUUUUACUCGUUUUGAUUUACUAUGCUGUCAGCAAAGGUGGACUCC